GGGGGGGGGGGGGGGGUGUAGGGACAGACACCUCAUUUUCUUUUUGCUGGUCCUUUUUUUUUUCUGGAGACCAUAUGCCCUUCAUUUUUGGUUCAUGACCCUUUCAGUUUGCCAAUUUGUUUUGUUUUAUUUUUCUGGUGGCUAAACGUCCUUAAUGUUGGCGUGAUUACUUUUUUCUGUUAAUUACUUUUGUGAUUAAACGCAACACCUUAAAAAAAUAAUGGAUCUGCCACGCCCCCUCCCUUUUCUCUUCCUUUUAAAUAGUGUGUUUAAUUGAUGAAUGAUAUAUCAGUCCGAUGGUCAUUAGACAUGUGGAUGGGAAUAAUUCACCCCUUUCUAAAUUAUUAGAAUCCAUUCAUGAUUAUAAAUAUAUAUAAUUAUAUGUAUAAAACUGAUACAAAGGCUCCAAUCUCUCAAGUCGGGUAACCUCUUGCAAAGCGCAUACCAUAUCCCACUGUAUUGUAUUAUAAUAGUUUUUGCUUUGCAUUUAUUGCACCCCCCCCCCAGAAUGAAAUCGGUUGCAAUUUUCUUAUGUUAAUAUCAAAUCCAUUAUUCAGGGGCCAUAGUAUGAUUUGGCGUAUGUGGGGGAAAAUUUUGCCUGUUUUUAAAUGAAAUUCUAAUUUUGUGAAAGAUUUUUACAUAGUAGUCAACAAAUACUACAACCUUUCACCAUUUUCCUUUUUUCUUAAUUGGGGGAAGAGCCAAUAUGCCCUCAUCCGUAUGCCAGUGAGUCAGAGAGUGGAUGUUGAAUGGAGUGAAGAGGGUUGAACACAAUAUCGAUUGUUCAGCUAUUCAGGGUGGGUCAACAUGGUCAAUACGGUGAGUGUUCAGGACCUUCGCUAUCGGGUUAUACCGGGUAACCCUCUGCAUGACUACCGUUAGUUUCAGAGACGCUGUUGGUGAGACGACUCGCAUUUCCACACCUUUGCAGGGCCGCCACACAGACGGAUAGUAAAUUCUCCUUCCCGUCUAUCUCAUAUUGUACUUCACACAAAAAUGGCCGCUGAACUCACAGAAGAGCAAAUCGCCGAAUUCAAGGAGGCUUUCUCCCUAUUUGACAAGGACGGCGAUGGCACCAUCACUACUAAGGAGUUAGGCACAGUGAUGAGGUCACUGGGUCAAAACCCAACUGAGGCUGAGCUUCAAGAUAUGAUCAAUGAAGUUGAUGCUGAUGGCAAUGGCAAUAUCGACUUUCCCGAAUUUUUAACGAUGAUGGCUAAGAAGAUGAAAGACACAGAUAGUGAAGAAGAAAUCAGAGAAGCAUUCAGAGUCUUCGACAAGGAUGGUAACGGAUUCAUCAGUGCUGCCGAGCUUCGCCAUGUGAUGACGAAUCUUGGUGAGAAGUUGACGGACGAGGAGGUGGAUGAGAUGAUCAGGGAAGCAGACGUCGAUGGUGACGGUCAAGUCAACUAUGAAGAAUUCGUCUCUAUGAUGACCAAGGAGUAAGAUAUUAUCGCUAUAAGGAUUUUCUGUGAAGACUAUGAAGAACAAAUUUUCAUCACCUUGAAAUCAUGUUAUUUGAGCUGCUCUAAAUAGUAACGUUAUGGGAGUUCCAUGUGGUGCUCCUUUUUUACAUCUUGACUUAAGCGAUUCCUGCCCUGAUUUCGACACGCAGAGUAUUAUUAUUCAUUUUGGAUCUGUUUGACAGAUGCCCGUGGAAAUUUGAAGCGACAGGCGACACCACUGCAUUCCGUGUGAAAGAAAGAAAGGAUAAAAUGCAAAACGAACAUUAAUAGAGGCAUAUUCCAUCGGAAAAUAAUGAACAUCUUUCAUGAUUAUUCCACGGCCUCUCUGAAAACCCGCCAUUGGCUGAUCGAGGGCUUUUUACCGUGUUUAAAUAAAAUGAAUCAAAUCAAAAUACAUUUAACCCCUCCUCCGCCACAAGGGUGCGAUAUAUUAUAUAGCCGUCAGCAAAGGGUCCCUUUUAUAACCUGCUGUAUCCAACUGAAUCUGUAGUGUCUUUGCGACUAUAGUCCAUAAUAUUUUGAAAUAUAGAUCUCCAAGGUGCGUUCUACGGGCCGUUAGAUCAUAAUUCUUAAGCUUGUCCAUGAUCCUUAUAACCUUGUUAUAAAAGAAACAUGAUCUUUUAUCCUUGUUCGGACAAUCGGGCCACAGGAGAUCGCAACAGCACAGGCCAUCAUUUGUCUUCAAAACAUUGCAUUAUGAACAACGUGCAUGCCCACAAAAUUAAUGAUAUAAAAUGUGAGCAAUAAUGUUUUGGUACGAGUGUAUGCGGGUUCUACAGCGCUAUGAUGAUUACGAUCUGCCAUAAAGACACUUUUAUUUUUGUUCAUGUAUUUUUUUGAAAAGUCAUGAUUGAUUGGUUCAGCAGCAUACAUUAAAGUAAAAUAAAAUUGAAGUUCGUCUACCCAGCAAUGUCCGAUAGAGUAUAUAGGACUCCGUAUAUAGUCGAAGAACGAAUAACUUGAAAGAUUAAUGAUUAUGAUCUAUGCCAUCAGUCAUAAAAUAGUAAUGAUUUUUUGUUUUUCGUAGGGGGCUUUAUGCGGAAGUUUCAAAGCGUGUGUGAGUGCUGAGUUAGUAAUAAAACGAAUAGAAACAACAGCAACAAAAAUCAUACGAAUAAUGAAAAGAGGAGAGUUCUAAACAGUUUUGCGAGAAUUGUAAGCUUUGUGUAAAGGGGUUCGUAUUGAUAUUAUGUCGAUAAUCAUUUUCCAAAUACAAUAUAAGACAAUCGUGGAACAAUCUUUGUAUUUGUAGAUGCAGAACGAUGAUCAUAAUUUAAAAGUAUCUUGUUGGCCAAAUUAACUAUGCAGAAGAUAGAAGCUAUAUACAGUUUUUCACUGAGAAGUUAGUGAAUUUUAUUAGUUUUAUGUGCUCGAUAUAGUUUUUUUCGUAGAAACCUACGUAAAUUAGAAUCUUAUCAGUUCUUCCCACCUUAGUUCUUGGCGAUUCGUGUCGUAUAUGCUAUCCCAAAUAUACUUUACUACAUUAAGCUUUCUUUUCAUGUAUUAUGUAUUUAAAUAAUAAAAUAUGUACAAACAUCGAA